UCGAGCAAGCUAACGGGGGUUGCCCAUAUGGUCAUCCCGUUGGCUUGAGGUGUUGCUUCCACCUCUCUUUGUGUGCCUCACCACCGCACACCUCGAUGACUAAACCGGCUGGUAGUGUUGCCCGUUCGCCGUCUCUGUUACUCUCGCGAAUGAUCUAAUGUGAAUGCAGAAGAAUGAUUGCAUCCUUAUCAAAGGGAAAUCUGCUAGAGGUUCUGCAGGAGGGUUUCAGUGAGCCGCAAGUGGCGACAUAUGUGUCCUGGGUGAACGCACAGCUGCGCAAGAAGCCCGGCAUAAAGCCCGUCAGUGACCUGCGACAGGACCUCAGAGAUGGAGUGGUGCUCGCAUACCUCAUCGAGAUCGUGGCUGGGGAGCUCCUGGAUGGGAUCCACUACACUCCCCAUGACACCCAGGAGAAGAAGCAGAACGUGGAGCGGGUCCUCCAGUUCAUGGCCUCCAAGCGGAUACGCAUGCCACAGACUUCAGCCAGAGAUAUCGUGGAGGGGAACCUCAAGUCCGCCAUGAGACUGAUUCUGGCCCUGGCGGCCCACUUCAAGCCCUCGGCCUCAGCCAGUCACAGGUCCGGGUCGUCUGCGGGGCGGGGCUUCAUGGGGUCGUCGCCCAACCACAGGCCUCACUCCACCACGGCGAUGGCCCAGAACGCUGUGGCCGCGCUGGCGGCUGCCCGGCAAGACGCCUCCCGCUCGGGCCGCUCCUUGCUGCACCUGAGGCAAGAGUGGAACAGCCAAGGCAAUCUUGUUUCCAAGGAGAUUGACAGCCCCUGCUGGAGUGUGAGGGCCCUGGUGCAGCAGUACGAGGGCCAGAAAGAGGGGCCAGAGGACGAGUCAGAAGCCAAGUCACCCAGCCUGAGGUCAUCCAGUCCCACGCAGAGCAUUAAGGAGCCCCAGAGUGGGGCUGAGGACAGGAGAGAGGCUGCCAGGAGCCAAGCUGGGGAGCCCAUUAACUCAGACGAUCAGGUGACGUCGGGGCGGGGCGGUGACGAGGGCCCCGAUGGCUCCUCUAGACCCGACGGUCCCACCUCCAGACCCGAUGGCUCCUCUCAUCCGGACGGCUCGGUGGGGAGCUGCGUGUGGGAGGAGCAGCUGUGUGACCAGCAGGAGCAGCUGGAGAAGGAGAUGCAGGAGGCGCGGCGCAUGGUGUCCAGCCUGCAGGCGCUGCUCCUGCAUGGCUCCCUGCCAGAGGAUGAGCAGGAUGUCUCGCUGGGUCUGGCAGACAACGGAGUGGACAACGCUGAGCAGCAGCUGAUCAUCAUUCGCAGUCGUCUGGACCAAAGCAUGGAGGAGACCCAGGAUCUUAAGAGGGAGCUGUCGAAGUUCAAACAAGAAGCCCGCAACCUGCUUGGCGUCAAGGAUGCCUUGCAGCAGAGGAUGGCAGUGCAAGAGUCGUCUGUGUUACAACUAAAACAGGAACUCCUAAGAGCCACCAUGGCCAGAGAUGAGCUAACUGGCCAAAACGUGGAGCUGCAGCGGAAGCUGGAGGAUCGCAGUAGGCUACUCAGUGAUUACAAGAAGGAACUCGGUCAGAAGGACAGGCUCCUCCAACAGCAGCAGACCAAGCUGGAUGAGGCCCUGAGGAAGCUGGCCGACACCACUCACCAGCAGGUGGGCCUACAGAGGGAGCUAGAGCGCAAGGAGCGCAUGCUGCAGGAGCUGAUGAGCAGUCACGACCCAGAUGAGGUCCCCGUGGCCCACAACAAUGGCUACUCCCCGACGUCCGCGCCUCCGCCAUACAAAGGGGCAGAGGAGCUGCAUCUGGUGCGGGAUGCCCUGCGGAGCCUGAGGGGCAGUUUCGGGGGUCACGACCCCCAGCAGCACACCCUGGACACCCUGGAGCAGGGCGUGGCCAGCCUCAUGGACCGCCUCUACGCCCUGGAGACCAGCCGCAGAUACGACCGCAGGGUCAGGGGUAAAUCUCCAGGACGUAAAGCUUCGCCUACAGACCACGGUGACAUGUGGCCCUCAGGGUCCAGUAAGAGCUCCCUGGCACACGGGCUCUAUCACACACACACGGGCUGAUGGACUGGGCUGGGCUCAUGAAACAGAUGGGAAGUAUGGGAGUCUUUCAGAGGAGUCCAGAGCUAAACAAAGGACAAUAGUGCCUAGCCCUGGGAAGACAGGCCCAGUAACCCAGCAAGAAGUGCGUCUGACCAGGACUCUGGUUCCCUGUUUUUCUUUUUGCCAUCUUUUUGCCUGCUGGUUUAAAAGGCAAUACGUACUGUGUUGGUGACUUAGAGGACUAGUUCACCGAGAGUUCAACAUUAUAAGCCUUCAUGUCGGUUAAUGCAGCUCCGUAGCAGUGCCCAGUUUUGCCUGGUCACAGGCAUUCCGCUGUAAAAAAAAAUCCAGCCUCUCCACUUCCAGUAUCACUGCUUGCAUGAAGCUGUUGAAUAGACCAUGGCAGUGUCUUUACCAUUCAGUGCUUUCCUUGAAGCAUGGCCAUAUUCAUGUGAUGAUGUUUUUCUAGUGCCAAGCGCAUGACGCUUCAGCCUCUUCAUCCCCAGGUGACGCUGACACCUGCGGACACAGACAGACAUGGGUGGUGUGAAGCACCCAUAUCAUAUAAAUCCACAUAGUGAGAUAGAUGCACCUGUGCAGUUACAUGGGUAGUCCACUCUUUGCAUGUACCAUUUACAUGAAUUUGAAGAUAAUUUUAAAGCUAACUAACAUGUUUUAUCAUGGCUAACUUUUUAGCAUUUUUUUUUGUUUACACAUUUUUAUUUAAAAGUGCAGAAUUGUGAAUACUACUUUUUGUUGUUGCCAUUUUUUCUUUUAGUUUAUUCCUUCUGAGUAACGGCGCCUCCCAUGCUAACUUUGGGUUUCUAUGAAUAUAAUUCUGCACUUGAUAUUUUCGAAGCAAACAACCCAUUUCCGCCAUCUCUCAGCUCGGUCUGAAAACUAACCUGUGUGAAAUAAGAAGGAAAUGAGCUUGUCUAUUUUCACAUCCGAUGUAAACAGAUUUGUCUGCAGUGUUAGUUACGUCCCGGAGAUGAUGAGGGUGCGAGUGUGGAAAUGCCUAUUGAUGCGUUUGGACUGUGUGUGUGUGUGUGUGUGUGUGUGUGUGUGUGUGUGUGUGUGUGUGUGUGUGUGUGUGUGUGUGUGUGUGUGUGUGUGUGUGUGUGUGGCAGCUGCAGUGUGUCUGCUGUUCAUCCACUGUGGUUGAGUCAUUAGGCCACUCUGCAGGAUUGUAAAUGAACUCAGGAACUGCUGUUGUCGGGACUUGGCCUCCCAGUCUUUUUCUUUAAUAGCUGAAUCAAUACUCUGUCAAUCACGCCCAUUGUUCUCCUACAUUCCUAAAAUGUAAUCACUGUUGGUGUCCUUUGUAAUGCCUCUUUUGACAUUACAUUUAUAAUAGGUUUUUCUAUUGUGUUUAUAGAGACAAGGCAUAAAGUCAGUAUGACGUAAUAAGGAAAGACAGUAGUCAUGACUGUAUUAAAUCCAUGACAUAAGGCUUUACUUAAGGCUAUGUGUCACUUAAUUUUCCUCCAUUACCAAAUUUGUCUAAGCAUGAGGUCUUUGGAGCACUUCUGUAUCACUCUUGCGCCAAACUGUAAUGGAGUUCCCUAAAUAGUUCUCAUGACCUUAUGUGUCCAUUGAGGCCCAUUCAAGUCAGGGGAAACACAAUGAAAGGAGCCACAAACACUUAUUGGCCGCUACACCGCAUCAGAUCCGAAACAGACACUAGCUGCUCUGUGCAACACUCCACUGGGUGUUCCCCUGACAACAGCAGUUUCCCUCUGGCUCCGUUCCACCUGAUUUGGGCUCCUGAGCUCAAGGCUGAGUUUAAUGUGAUGUACUAUUAUGUACUUUGUCUUUUUCGAAUGCACUGGUUUGCCCCACCAAGCCUUAUAUGCACAGGACCUCCUGUGUUUGUGGUCCUGGGUCAGAAAUUAUGGAAGAAUGUUUUCAUGAAACAUUUUUUUGCUACUAUGUUUUUGUUUGUAAAUAUGUUGAUAAUGUUGCACUGGGACAUAUGUUUUGUUUAUGGGCACAGGUAUGGAUAUUAUGAUUUGAGUUGUGUUUUGUACAUUCCCAGACUUUUUGUAAACGUUACCACUUUUUCAGUGCAGUUGGAAUUUUUGUGGGACAAAGAAGGAUUUUAAUGGAGAUUAAACUUGUAUAUUUUGUGUAUUCUCUUUGUUGAGCGUUAAUACAUUUUAUUUGAAUAUAAUUAAAUUAUGUUUUCUUGUUUGUA